AUGGCCAAGACAUUUGAAAAGGAGAGAAAGCGCAUCGCGAAGAAGAAGGGCGGCAAGAUUGAGGCUCUUCACGCCAACAGCAGAAACGCCAAGCGACUUCACACAGCCGUCAUUCGUGAUGACCGUCUGAAGGCUCUUGCUGCUGCCCGCAAGAAGCAAGACAAGCCUCUGAUUCGCCGUACUCGCUUCUUCUUGGAGGCCGCACGCGAGAAUGAGCUGAAGCCUCUUGAUGAAGCUGCCGUCCAGGCCAAGAUUCUAGAGUUUGUUGGGCAACACAACGAGGAAUAUGAGGAGAUCAAAAAGACACGCCGUGCCGGACGCCCACCCAGCACAAGAGAGGAUCUGCUGAAGAUGGCCAUUGAGGCUCUUGAGACGGAGCACAAGAAUGGUUUCUACCUGCCCGAUCUCUCUUCGGAGAAGAACCUCGCAAUGCUUGAGCGCUGGGACGGGUCUAGCUGGGCCUUCCUCACAAACGUGACUUGGGUCAAAAUCUCCGCCGAUGGCACGACUAAACCGUCAAGCUUCCCUCCCCAAGGUCUAUGAAGCAUGCCGUGCGGCAGAGAGUAAGUUUGUCAUCUUGGCCCACCUCGACCACAUAGGCCGCAUCCAUGACACAGCCUUCAACCACCCGGACCGGCUGCACUUGCUCCAUCCUUUCGUGUCGGCUCGGAGAAUGCUGUCUAAGACAACUCCGAAGGCACACUCUCGUCGGAUUAUGACCAAAUCGGCGACGGCGGAUAGUGUGGUUCAGAUAUGCUGUGUCUGUCUCUGUUGUCUCUCGCCAUCUCCUUCCCAGCAGUCCCCAGCCAACAAUUCGUCCUCGAUCUAUCUCGAGAAAACUUCCCGGUCCUAUCCUAUCUUGACUAUGCAACCCGCCAGAGCUUCCAUGUUCCGGAAACGAAACAUGGCCUGCCCAUUUACUCCGCACUUCAAAGCCACCACGCAGACGCACGCACGCAAGCAAGCAAGCAAGCAAGCUGCAACGCACGAAAGGCACGUUGGAGUAAGCCACGCCACGCCAUGCCAACAACGCCCUGCAUGGCAUGCUUUCGAAACGCGGCCAAUGUGCAAAGAAUCUGUAGCCUACCGCUCGAACAGCUGGGGCCGGCCUUGUGUAAAGUGGUUUUGUGAAGCACUCGCGGGUAGCAGAUCUUACCCGUCUCCGUCGCUCCGGGAGGGGAAGAAGUGGGUGUCUGCCUGCCAAAUGGUUAGCUGCUGCGGUACAACCCACCAUUUUUCCAUGACCGUCAGCACGACGAAACUGCCCGGUACUGUGGUGUUCUCCCCUGCGGUGGGGGCACAAGACGAACGACUUGUGGGCCGUCUCCUGCUCUGGUUUCCGGAACGGCAAUUGGAUGUGGGAGCGGGGGUAGCGAGGGUGACACACGCGCGGCUGCUUGCCGCCGGGACCCAACGGGAGAGCUUUUGGUAGGAGAGGGGGGAAGUAGCAGAAUUAUUAAUCGAAGUCAUGAAUAUGAGACCAACCGGGUACUGGGGCAAGAACUUUUUGGCUUUCUUGGUUUUACGCUUGUCUUUGACUGCCUGCUGCUGCUGCCUCACCUCGGGACUGAGGGAAGAUGUUUGUCUUAUGACUAAAGUGCAGUGGAAGUGUCUUGUUUCUUCUUUUUUUUUUCUCUCCGCUGCGGAGUGAUGUGAUGAUGUUUUUGAGAAGAUAUGUGUGUAUCACAUGGAAGAAUGGGUAACCUCCUUGUGUUCUGUCCUUGUCUCUCUCUCUCUCUCUUCCUCUCUCUCUCUCUCUUUGCUUUUUUUUGUAGGAUCUAGCGGCAUAUGCCAUUACCCUUUUUUUGCUUGAACCCGAUUUCCGAACGAUAGUGAUGACCUAUUACUUCCGACCCCCUUGGGGGAUUACACAUCUUUUCUCUCUGCUGCCACAGAAGGAUGUAUCGUCUGGGCAUGAUUGGAACAUUAGGCCGGCUAUGCCACCUACCUACCUUGGUUGUUUACCCUGCAUUCUUUGGCCGACUUUGUGUAAUAGCAGUUUUUUUCUCUCUCGAACAGCACACAGGGUUGCUGAGAGAUAGAUUGAAAGGGCGGUGCUGUUUGGUGGAGAUUUGAUCAUGAUACAAGAGGUGCAGGUG